AUGUUAGUAUUGCUUUAUUUAUCUUUUUUUACAUUUUAUUGUGGAAUUGUUCAAGCUGCAGAACUUCAUUCUACAAAAGAGGUGGCAAGUAAUUCAACUCAGAGUGACUCACCAGAUUUAAAAAACGGGGAACCACUUAAUAUAGGUUUCAUUGCGAAUUUAACACAAGUUCUGACAAACUCAAACUUACUGAAUCAGUUACUGGCAUCACUUCAGCCCGCAUUAGUCAAUGUUGAAAUAAAGUUGAUUGAAGUAGAAGGCAAUAACGUAACAACACUAGGACGUUCUAUCAAU